AUUUGUGAUUGACAGCUAAAGUGGGCGUGUCUAGAGCGACUGGCCACUCAGGAGGUCGUAUGAUGAUCAAGUGUGAACAUCCUCAACACAAAACCAAGCCAAAAUACAUCUGUAAAGAAUCAGACGGAUGUUCAGAGAGGAAGAAUCCAGGAGUUCAGGAUGAAUGGGUGGAGAAUGGAGAUGUUUCUUUAUAUGACGACACCAGAGCAGGAGUCUUGAUGGUGUUUUUUAGAGAGCUGAAAACUGCAGAUGCAGGAACAUACAGAUGUGGAGUGAAUGUGUCUCACUAUACUGAGAGCUUCACUGAACUUCAGCUGGACGUCAGAGACGGUGUAAAAUAUCCAAAGACAAAGACUGAAUCUGCUCAUCUUGGUGAAGAAGUCAACAUCACCUGUCAGAUCCCAGAGGAACAUAAAGUUUAUUUCUGCAAAGAUGAUGAUGAUCACAUCUGUCAAAACAUCAGCACAUCUGCAGUGACAGAAAUGAGUCCUUCAUCUGAGAGAAAUGAAGAGAGAGUUUUUACAGUGAGCAUCAGUAAUGUGAGUGUGAGAGAUGCUGGAGUUUACUGGUGUGGAGCAGAAACCAGAGACACACAUUUGACUUUCAUCUCCCUGACCACCAAAAUUCAGCUCGACCUCUUCAUGGCUCCAGUAGUGAGACGUGAAGGAGAAUCUGCUGAGAUCUUCUGCCCUUAUGAUUCAAUCUAUAAAUCAAAGUCAAAGUUUCUCUGUAAGGGGAAGUGCUCCACUAGAGAUAGAAAUACUCUCAAUGAGACUGUGAGAGAAGAGAAAGACACCAAGACUGACAGAUUGACUCUGAAUGAUGACGUCACUGCAAGUGUCUUCACUGGGACCAUCACUGGACUGACAGCAGAGGAUGCUGGGAAAUACUGGUGUGCAGUGACAUUAGAGAGAGACGUGAAUUAUCUUUACACUCAUCUGAUCGUCAUCAUGAACGAGGAGCUGAACUUGACUAAGUAUGAAGGAGACGACAUGUCAAUCCAGUGCAAACAUCAUGAUGAACUUCAGAAAUGCUUCUGCAAAGCACAUGAACCCUCUGUGUGUGUGAAGGAUGGAGUUUCAUUGGAGAAGAUCAGAGAUGAUCGAUUCUCUUUCAGUGAUGAAGCUUCUACUGGAGUCUUUACUGUAAACAUCACUGAUCUGAGAGAAGAGGAUUCUGGGAUAUACUGGUGUGGAGCUCACAUCACCACUAAAGUCAAUCUCACUGUUAAUAUUGAUUUCUCUUUGAUCAACAUUAUUUCUUUGUGUUUGACUCUGCUGCUGAUUGGAGGAUUCAUUGUGACUCAGUGUUUAUUAAGAUGA